CAGACUGAAAUCAGACCGUGUGGCAUUGGGCUGCUGUGUAUUCUCAUCCUAGGGCCGCUCAUCAUCCGGGUUCGAUUUGCCCUAGAAACAAAUGCAGCUCUGGACCGAUGACUUUAUUCUUCAUUCGUUUGGUUUGACGUACCGAACUUACGUAGGAAGGAAUAUUAAGGGAUGACCGGCUAUAUUCUCAGAAGUGCCUACGGUCUAUCGUGCUCAUGGCGAAUCAGCAAACUGUCAUCUUCCAUCCUAUCCGUGAUGUUUUGACAUAUCGAUGUGUCGUUUGAAUGUGCAACAGGCUCCCGCCAUAUAUUCAUGCGUUUUAUGGAGACGAUGGGGGAUCAAAGGGAGGACGUGUCCUAGUGCUCUACAUAUUUUUGCUUGUGGUUACAAUAUAACCAUUUAUUAAUGGUGUUCACUUUGAAUGGUGCUCUUUGACAUAUACACAACUGGACAGCACUUCAGUUUGGGGAGGUCAUUUUUUUUGUAGAGGUUUGUGUCAGAGUAUAAGGGAAUUUAAAAUGGCAACGCAAGUAACGGGGAGGAAAAGAAUUCCCAACCGGGAGAAACUAUCUGCGGAGGAUGAUGCUCUCAGUCAAAUAGCUCGCGAGGCAGAGGCAAGACUGGCAGCUAAACGGGCAGCCCGGGCAGAAGCUCGAGAAAUCCGUAUGAAGGAAUUGGAGAGGCAACAGAAAGAGAUAUAUCAAGCGCAAAAGAAAUACUAUGGGCUGGACAGCAAAUGGGGCCAUAUUGAACAGUGGAUGAUAUCAGAUGAUGAGGAGCGGAUGUCUGUUGGCAGUCGGGGCAGUUUGAGGGGCAACCACACAGAUCUCUGCAGCAGCACCAGCAGUCUGCCUUCAGCCAGACUACAAAAUGGACGGCCCUCUGCGCUUUUUAGUGAACCCCCCCGUUCAAGAAGUCACAGGGGGUCACUGCAUGAAGAGAGUUCAUACUCUGCCACUAGGCGUUUCAGUGGCUCCAGCGCUAGAGGCCCUUCAGACUACAAUGGCUUUCUGGGCUCCAGUUCCAGGGCCUCCUCUAGGGCGAGUUCAGCCCGUGCCAGUCCAGUGGUGGAGGAAAGGUCAGAUUUCCUGGAAAAGGGGUCCAGGACAGCCUCCACCCUCUCUGCUGCAACUCUGGCAUCUCUGGGUGGAGGUUUAUCACGAAGAGGAAGCUGUGAUACCUCAAUUUCAGCGGACACUGAGGCCUCCAUACGGGAAAUGAAGGACUCCCUGGUGGAGGUGGAGGAGAAAUACCGUAAGGCAAUGGUGUCCAAUGCUCAGCUGGACAAUGAGAAGACAAACCUGAUGUAUCAGGUGGACACACUGAGAGACACUCUGAUGGAGCUUGAGGAACUUCUGUGUGAGAAACACAGAGAGUGUGAGGAGAAAACCAAAGACUUCGAGCGAGAGCAUCAUGCCCACAAUGUCUUGAAGUUCCAGUUUGAGGAGAUGAAGGAAACCCUGAAGCAGAGUGAAGAGUUGCGGACGGAAGCCCAACAGUCUCAGGGAAAGCAGACGGACUAUAUUAGAGAGAUCGCUGACCUGCAAGAAACAUUGGAAUGGAAAGAUAAAAAGAUCCGGGCCUUAGAGAGGCAGAAGGAAUAUUCAGACAUUAUCCAUGAUGAACGGGAGGCACUCAGGAACGAGGUUUGCCGGCUUAGGGAUGCUCUAAAGAAACAUGGCAUUAUUCUGGGAUCUGAGGUGACGGCCAAUGGGGAGUUAGCAGACAGGGCGAUUGAUGGGCAUGCUGAUGCGGAAACAGCCUCCCGAUUGAAUCAAGACUCUCACACGCCCACUAUGAGUGGAGACAGCAUGUUAGAGAUCAGAUUGAGGAAGCUGGUGGAAGAGAGAGAGAGUUUGCUCGACCAGGUGCGGAAGUAUAAAGCCAUUGCAGAGCAGAAACAAAAGAAUGGGACAGAAGAAACAGGAAGCACAGAUGAAGAUGACCUACAGAAUGGUCUGGACCCUCAUAUUCUAGAUCUGCAGAGAGAUGCUAACAGGCAGAUCAGUGACCUUAAAUUCAAGCUAGUCAAGUCUGAGCAAGAAGUCACAGCACUUGAACAAAACAUCAUUCGGCUGGAGGGUCAGGUGAGCCGCUAUAAGACGUCUGCUGAGGCUGCAGAGAAAGUGGAAGAUGAGCUAAAAGUGGAGAAACGCAAGUUGCAGAGAGAGCUGAGGUCUGCACUUGAUCGUAGCGAUGAGCUGGAAGCAAGCAACAGCCACCUUACGAAGAGACUAGAGAAGAUGAAGGCCAAUCGGAGUGCUCUUCUGGCACAGCAGUGACGCCCACCUGUGCCCACUCAUCACCCACUGGCACCAAUGAUCUGCCACCCAUAAUACACUAAAACUUCUAUAAAAAUCAUACCAAAUUAGCCCAAUCAUGCUAAUUCAGACUUAAAAAAGUAAAUAUGGCUGACAACCUCCAUUUGUUUGCUAGUGGGAUUCCAAGCGGAAGACAUAUCAAAAACUAAUUCUUACUGAGGCUCAUUAAAGUGACCUUUGGUUUGGAUUAGCAGAAUUCAGGCCCUCAAGGAGCUCUCAAAAAGUUUCUGACUGGUUACUGAUCUCUGUGUCAACAGACCAUCUCAGCAAAGGCCGAGCACAGCUAUUGCAGCAUGUUCCUUUAUGGUAGCAUGUUGGUUUAGUAAACCAGUCGUGAGGGACAUGACUUAUAAGCAGACCAUGCACUUUAUCCCUGCAUCAGUAUUCAAAUUUUGUUACACGCAAGCUGUAACAUAUCUGUACACAGAACCGUUUUGCAAAAUUAGGUAAUUGAAUUUGUGUAGUCUAGAGAUUAUAUGUGACCCUGGUGCACAAAACCAGUCUUAAGUCGCUGGGUUAUAUUUGUAGCAAUAGC